UUCACGUGACGCGUGGUCCACCAGGGAAGAAGCUCAGCCGAAUUUUGUCUCUAGGAUUUUAAUGGGGGCCAGUCAUAUAGUGUCGUUAGGGGUCCGGCACCGAGCCUGCAGCUCCCAGCGAUGAACCUCAGCUCCUGGGGCUUUAGCCUCCCUGCCCCCAAAGCAAAAACAGAGCUCUGAAGUCAGCAAAGGAAUAACUGAAGAGCGCGGCUGCGUGGCGAGUGCAAGAGAUUUCAGCGUGGGAUAUAGGCCUUUAGUGUGAAGAUACAUUAAGCCAGGAAUCAUCAUCAGUGACAUUUAGACACGAAAAUUUGGAAGAUUAAACAACUGAAAGUUGAUCAUGGAAAUCAAAGAGGAAGGAGCAUCAGAAGAAGGCCAGCACUUUCUUCCCACACCCCAGGCAAAUGAUACUGGGGACUUCCAGUUCACAAGUAUUCAGAAGACUCCAAAUGAACCACAGUUGGAAUUCAUCCUCGCCUGCAGAGGCCUGUCCCGCCCCGCGCGCGACCGCGGCCGCCGCCCCCGCGAGCCCAACGCGCUGGUGCAGGUCUCCGUGGCCCAGCCCGCCGCGCCCGGCCCCACGCGGUACGCGAGCACCGAGGUCGUGGAGGGAACAAGAGACCCGCUCUUUCUGACUGGGGUCACCUUCCCGUCCGAGUAUCCCAUCUAUGAGGAGACCAAGAUAAAGCUGACGGUCUAUGAUGUCAAGGACAAGGCUCAUGACACCGUUCAAACCAGUGUCCUGCCUGAACGCCAGGAUCCCCCGCCGGAGGCCGGGCGCAGCUUCCUGGGCUAUGCCAGCUUCACCGUUGGGGAGCUACUGAGGUCCAAGGAGCAGCUGCUCGCCCUCAGCCUGAGGACUUCAGAUGGUGGCAAAGUUGUUGGUACCAUAGAAGUCAGUGUCGUGAAGAUGGGGGAGAUUGAGGAUGGGGAAGCUGACCACGUCACGACAGACGUGCAGGGACAAAAGUGCGCGCUGGUGUGUGAAUGUGCAGCCCCCGACGGUGGGAGCGGGAAAGAGAACCUGCCCUUCCUGAAUGCAGUGCUAAAGAACCCAGUGUGUAAAUUAUAUAGAUUUCCCACAUCUGACAAUAAGUGGAUGCGAAUCCGGGAGCAGAUGUCAGAGAGCAUACUUUCUUUUCAUAUUCCUAAGGAAUUGAUUUCUCUUCACAUAAAAGAAGACUUGUGUAGAAACCAGGAGCUAAAAGAACUUGGUGAGCUUUCUCCACACUGGGACAAUCUACGGAAAAAUGUCCUUACUCACUGUGAUCAAAUGGUGAAUAUGUACCAAGAUAUUCUGACAGAACUUAGCAAGGAAACAGGGUCCUCUUUCAAAUCAAGCAGCAGCAAAGGAGAGAAAACAUUAGAAUUUGUUCCCAUAAAUCUUCAUCUGCAAAGAAUGCACGUACACAGCCCUCACUUGAAAGAUGCUCUCUACGAUGUCAUCACCGUGGGAGCCCCAGCCGCCCAUUUUCAGGGAUUUAAGAACGGUGGUCUUCGGAAACUACUCCAUAGAUUCGAAAUGGAAAGAAGAAAUACUGGAUACCAGUUUAUUUACUAUUCACCUGAAAACACAGCCAAAGCAAAAGAAGUUCUCAGCAACAUCAAUCAACUACAACCUCUGAUAGCAACCCAUGCAGACCUACUGCUUAAUUCUGCAAGCCAGCAUUCUCCAGACAGCUUGAAGAAUUCUUUAAAGAUGCUUUCAGAAAAAACAGAGCUUUUCGUGCAUGCCUUCAAAGAUCAGCUGGUCAGGAGCGCUCUUUUAGCCCUCUACACUGCCAGGCCAGGAGGUGUCCCGAAGAAGCCACCGUCUCCUAAGAGCAGCGCAGACGACAGCUGUCCCCAGGACGCACCCCCGCUGGUGGGAAGGCAGGACUCCAUACCCCAUCACUCAGACUACGAUGAAGAGGAGUGGGAUAGGGUGUGGGCCAACGUGGGGAAGAGCCUGAACUGCAUUAUCGACAUGGUGGAUAAACUGAUUGCAAGAGAUGGUGCCAGUGAAGGCGGCGGUGGCUGCAGCAAAGACGGAGAAAAGGACGCUUCUCCAGUGGACCCCAUCACAGCUCAUCCAAAGGAGGACUGGUACGAGCAGUUGUGUCCCCUCAUCUGCGCCCUCAAGGACUGCAUGGGAGAAGUGGUGAACCGAGCCAAGCAGUCCCUGGCCUUCGUGCUCCUGCAGGAACUCGCGGCCGGCUUGCCCCAGUGCCUGAUGCUCACCCUCAGGAGGGACGUCGUCUUCAGCCAAGCACUUGCUGGAUUGGUGUGUGGUUUUAUCAUCAAACUACACACGAGUUUGCAUGACCCUGGCUUUCUGCAGCAGCUUCACACCGUGGGAUUGGUGGUACAGUAUGAAGGACUGCUGAGUACCUACAGUGAUGAAAUCGGGAUGCUGGAGGACAUGGCUGUUGGCAUCUCAGAUUUGAAGAAAGUUGCAUUUAAAAUCAUCGAAGCCAAAUCCAAUGAUGUCUUGCCAGUUAUAACAGGAAGGCGCGAGCACUACGUGGUGGAGGUGAAGCUGCCGGCGCGGAUGUUUGAGGUGCUGCCCCCGCCGGUCAGGGAGGGCCAGCUGCUGCACGUGCACCCCGUGCUCUUCAACGUCGGAAUCAACGAACAGCAGACGCUGGCGGACAGGUUUGGAGAUGUCUCUUUGCAGGAAAGUAUCAAUCAGGAAAAUUUUGAACUUCUAAAAGAAUAUUACGCAGUAUUUAUGGAAAAGAUGCCUCCUGAUUACAUUUCACAUUUUCAAGAACAAAAUGAUUUAAAAGGACUACUAGAAAAUCUCCAUCAAAAUAUCCAAGCCAAAAAAAGAAAGAAUGUAGAAAUCAUGUGGCUGGCUGCAACGAUUUGUCGCAAACUAAACGGUAUUCGUUUCACCUGUUGCAAAAGUGCCAAAGACAGGACGUCGAUGUCAGUGACUCUUGAGCAGUGCUCAAUCUUGAGAGAUGAGCACCAGUUGCACAAGGAUUUCUUUAUCCGAGCCCUGGAUUGUAUGAGAAGAGAAGGAUGCCGCAUAGAGAAUGUACUGAAGAAUGUCAAAUGCAGAAAGUAUGCUUUCAACAUGCUACAGCUGAUGGCUUUCCCCAAGUACUACCGACCUCCAGAGGGGACUUAUGGAAAAGCUGACACCUAACUUUGCCAACACGCAAAUAAACAGGAACACAAACACGCCUCAGUCGGAUAAUCUCCACCCUUUUAACUUUUCUAUUGUCACAAAAUCCGUGGAGGAGGGUGAUCAGGGAUGCUUGCCCAAAUCUAGGGAUUACUUGAAUUAGGUAUUAGCAUAUUACUCUGAAAGGAAUCCAUUAGAAAACUCUUAAGUGACAUUGUGAUCCUAGUUCUCAGCUUCCGCACUUUGCCCCUGUGCUGGGGUGGGCUCCAUGUCCACGUCCAUGUCCAUGUCCUUCGUGGAGGCCGUUAGCCACAGGCAUUCCGAGCAGACGCAGGUGGGUUCCACAGGAGGGCACAGGUGUCUCCGAGAGGGAUGCUCGGCCUCCAAAGUGAAGACGGGACAGGGCGGGGGAAGAGAAGAGAGGCUCAGACCUGUUAUCUCACAGCCGUCGUCACGUGUGACCUUAGGGCCCAUUCGUGGGAGUGGGAAAAUAUUUUUCCAGCGAAUUAAAAUUCAGUAGCAUCAAUGCGCGGUCUUGACUGUAGACGUGGGUGGCAGGUGUGCCGGUGACAACUUGGCCCCCAGCAGGCUGGGACGGGUCCUCCCGAGCGGACGGGUGACAUUGUCAGCCACACGGUGGAGGUGCUUCCCCAUAUCAAGGGAUCUUUCUAAAACUCUGACUCGGGUCGUGUGGCCCCGUCACCCAAGCGGUGACAGAGAAAGCUGCCGGGUGGAGGAGAGGAGCACCGCAAGGGACUGCAGCUGCGGGAAGUGAACGAUGACCAGCCUGCUGAUGUCACAUGUGAAAAUCCCCAUCAGCCUCAACCUUAUGCAGCCAAGCCCAUAAAAGUCAAUAAAGCACCUUGGUGAUGUUUUCCAACUGCCAGCUUGCUGCGGGACACAGCAGGCGGAGGUGCGCGUUGCCUGGCGUAGUUACCAUGUGAGUGACCAUCCCAAGACCCGUGCAACCCUGACGGCCGGUAAACGGAAACGAUUAUUUCUGUUAACCCGAAUCUGAAAUUUGUUCUCAGUAAAAUGGCGUCACAGGUUUUCCAAAAUUUCAGAUUAAGCAAUUGCUAGAGAGUCCGUCUUGUACGGUGCCGUCGGAAACGGGCAGAUUAGAGCACACGGAACGUAGGCCCCCAGUCGUCCCAGUAGACGGCUUUAGAACCACGAUUACAAUCUCUUACCUUCCUAGCCUGUGGCUUGUCUAUUUUCCAAAUGGCCAUGCUGAAAAUACGUGAAAAUCAUGGAGGAAUGCUGGUUAGUUACGUAGAAAUUGGCAUUUAUUGCCAGAAUUGAACCUUCGAGAACAACGGCCUGAAUUAGUGAAACCCAUUUGCUCCCGAUGUUCAGAGUUUAUUCUUCUCCUCACUCAUGGGAAGAGAAGCUAUCCGGAGAAUGAGUCUCCCCUCGGAAACGCUGGGGGCUUGUUACACAGACACCUCCCGGCCGUGAGCACAUUCAGUGGGUGAUGUUACGGGGUUUUCCACAGCUGGUGUCACAGACAGCUCCUUGGCUGACGCGUCUGUUGAACUAAGGGCUCCAGACACAUCUCCAGGCUCAUGUUGGGUUUUUCAGAUGACCACAAAUUUUAGAUGACCAUUUGGGGCUUUUCAUAGGAGAAUUUUCAAUCCGCUAUUUUAGCUAGUGAUGUGCGGGCAUCGCAUUUGAGGCCAUUGACACACGGUUUACAGGUUUUUUUUAAGGAAAAGAUGCUGUAUACUGUAGAUCUAGCCACAGUCAAGACUUCUUGGUGUACUCCCUUAUGCUUCAUUUUCCAUUUUAGUGAUUAAAUAUAAAUUUUGAAUUGUUCAAUUUUAUUUGAAAAUGGUAGGAUUUUGUGGUUGUUUUCGUGAUCCCACUGGAUUUCAUGUGAAGAGGUUGGGAUGACGGAGGUUUCCUUGAAUAACAGUGAAGCCUCAUUCAGCAUAUAAGUUCCAAGAGAAGUCAAAUGAAAAUGUAUUGUCCCGUAAAUACUCUUUGUAUAGUCAUUUUUGUUUGUAUUUUUAAAAAUGAAAAUUCGAGACUCAAAUUCGGAAAAAAUAUGUAUUAACUAGAAAGCCCAAUAAGUAAGUUGUUCUAUUUGGGGAAGAUAUCCCAAAGAUUUUUCUUCUUUUUCAAUAAGUACUGGCAGAGAAGUCUCAAAGCCUCGAACUUUAUACAAAUACACAGAAGUUUUCUUUUAUUAUCAGCAGAGUCAUUUGCCUUUCCCUAUACAAAGCCUGAAUAUUUGCACACUUUUAAAAGUGGGUUUCAUCAACAGAAUUCAUGUUUCAUAUCAACAACAAUACUGCUCCUUUUCUUUUUUUUUUUUUGAACCUUUUCUGAGACAUAUUCAAGUAUUGUUGGAAAUCCCCUUUACUAUUUCUUAAGUAAUUAGUUUUCUAGAUUAAAGAGCAAAUUUUAAGAAGUUUUAAAAUGUCCUUUGUACAAUCACAGCCUAGUUAUGCUUUUCUCUAUUUUUAUUUAAAAGAUACACCAGCAGGCCUAUUUCAAGAGAUCAGAUUGAACCAGAAACUGAACCAAGAAAAUGACAUUUCCUAACAAGAUAAUUUUUUUUUUUGUUUUGCUAAAAAUACGUUUCCCCUCUAAUGUUAUCAAAUGCAGGUAUCAAUUCUGCUUAACUAUGUGCAGAGUUCUACAGAAAACAUAUCUAAAAACAAGGGAAGGUGACAUCUUGAUUAUAUUUGACCCAGUGGCAAAAGACCCAGAGCCUGAAAAUGUUCCACGAAACAGCUAAGCAUAAACAUUUCAAAUAUUUAAUUGAAGCAGACCCACAUUUGGAUGCAUUCAUUAAUUUCUCAUGUGGUUGUCGGGGUUUUUUUUUCCAUAUGAAUGCUGUCUUAGAUUUUGUCUAUACCCCGCCUUUGCUUUUGAAUCAGUCUAAUAAUCCAGUGAGUCAGAGCCACGAUUUGAUCCUGCUGACAAAUGGUGCUAAAAUGACCAACCAGCUAAUUAGAGCAAUACACCACAUGACUAGCCUCCAGUUCUUACUUUUUUAAGACUAAUUCCUGAAAACUGUGAAGUCUUUAAAAGCUAGUAUCUGGAUGGAGGAUACUUCCCUUUUUUCCCCCUCAACUAUGUAUGGCAUUUUGCAUAAAGUAAGACUCACAGUGGAAAAGAAAAAGAUCUGUAUGGAGUAAUGCUUUCCUUCCCUCCUGACCUAAAGCAUGAUACAUGCCACCAAGAAAGCGUACCCCGGGUGGCCUAGAACUGGCUCGUGCAGACUCCUGAGAGCUGGUCAUUAAAUUUUCAGGAAUUUUGUAAGCCAGUUGUUAAACACACCAUCAUUAAAUAUUAAAAUAUCAAAAGCAAUUGAAUAAUUUUUACAAAAAAAAGAUAAUCAAAACUUACCACUUUCCUAAUUAGAUUCCUUCAUUUUUCUCUUCGCCUGUGCUUUUGAGGUUAGUUGUGUCCGUGGUAUCAGCACAGUGGAAGCAGCAUAGCAUCAGGGGCAACUGGGCCUCUCUUUCUGACUCCACACCCAGUAACAUCAUAUGAGCAGCUUGAAACUGACCACAGGGGGAGUUUUCACUCUCAGAAAUUGCCAAAUGCUGAAAACUGGGAUUUUUGAUUCCUGGAAAAGCCAGUUGUUAAACAUUUACCAGCACACAACUGGAUGACACCAUCACUUUUUUCCCCAGCAAUGACAAAUAAUUGGAAGCAUUAUAAAAUUAGUAAUAUGGGGGAUCCCUGGGUGGCUCAGUGGUUUAGUGCCUGCCUUCGGCCCAGGGCAUGAUCCUGGAGUCCCGGGAUCGAGUCCCGUGUCGGGCUUCCUGCAUGGAGCCUGCUUCUCCCUCUGCCUGUGUCUCUGCCUCUCUCUCUUUCUCUGUGUCUCUCAUUAAUAAAUAAAUAAAAUCUUAAAAAAAUAAAAAUAAAAUAAAAUAAAUAAAACAAAAUUAGUAAUAUGGUGUUAAAUGUAGUUAGGCAUCUUCAGUUGGCUACAAUUUUAUUUUGGUUUCCCCCCCUUUUAAAGACACUUAUUAGGCCGUAAGUAAUAUUUCAUGUCUAUAUUUUAUUCAUAAUAAAAUUAUAUAAUCAUACAGAUGCAUUUAAAAAUGUAUCUCUCUUGAUGUUCUGCAAGGGAAAUCUUAGCAAUGCAACUGUAGUGUGAGCAGUAAUAACCGUGGGCUAAGUCCAGGGAAAUGGGAGCCUAACGAGAAUAUCACUGAAGGUGUGCUUCAGUGCACAUUUUUAAGUUUAUGAUUUUAGCAUUUGCUAAAGGCAGGAAAAACGGUAACAUAUCACUGUGUCCAGAUCCUAAUAAAUACAGCUCAGUUGAAACCCAAACUGUUAGAUUAAGCAAAUGAAACUCUGGCGGUAUGCUAAGACGCCGCAGACGCGUUAGAUGUUUGAUUUCCACGCCUGGUGGCCUAUCAGCUGUUUAACUCAAUACGCAGGGCACCUUUUGUAAUCUUUAGGAAAUAAAUUAACGUUUAUCACAGAUUUAAGAAACUGGCCUGAAAAAAACCGUGAUCAGCAGUUCCAGAGGGAAGCUAGCAUGUGGAGCACAAAGCAUCCCUAAUAGCUGGAGGCUUUACAAAUUAUGCACCACUGACGAGAAUGAAUUGCUGAGCGUUGUGCGGUUGAUUGACAAUUUUAGUGUGAAUUGACAUUCAUUUAGCUCAGCUGCAGUCUGCAAAAGCUAUGCUUCCCCCCCCUCCCAUGUUUCUAUUUUACUGCUUUGCAAGGAAAGCUCUAAUAUAUCCUUUGUUUCUUCGGCAUUUUUAAGUUAGAACUUUCUAUCCAGACAGAUGCUACCUAUAGCAAAACGGUCUUUAGAAACAGAAUAAAAUAAAAUUCAUGUUGAGAUAAAAUAUUGUGAGCCAAUUAGGUAUAGAGUGAAGGUAUGGAAAUUUGGAUUUUUACUUUCUGAGUCACAGCGCACAUUAAUCAGUCUUUGAAUUUUAUUUCUAAGCAAGUAAGAGUAUAAAGCACUUACAAUGUCAAAGAAACAAAGCAUAACGGGCUGCUAGUAACAAGGAGGUAGAAAAAAAAUUAUAAGGUAGUAUCAGCACCCCCCAAAAAUUUAUACAUGCAAUUAGGUAUUCUCAGCUUGAAUUCUCAUAGAUUACAUAAAUCUUUAGAAUAAUAAAUUAAAAACAGGAAAACAAGGCUCACAAUGAAGCACAGCGCCCAGACAGCCUGAAUAUCAAGAGAGAAAACCAAACAUUCAUGAUGUUGCCUGACAAGCCAUUAUCUUGUUUACCUUUUAGUAAAUAGAGUUCUUUACGAUGAUACUGCACUUUCCUACUCACAGCAUGAAUAUAUUCACAAACUUCCUAAAAUCGCUGAAAUUACUCUAAGGUCACAAAAAGGCAUAAUCCAGCAGCCCAUCUUCAGUGAUCACUUGGUAGGGCUUCGUUGUCUGGGAGGCAGUAUUGACUCACAGAUUGGCCAGAUUGCCUUAUCCUCUACACAGUCUUGCGAUGCUUUUUUUUUUUUUUUAAUCACUGUCAAUAUUUAAAAAUAUUUCACGUCAAAGGACUCUCAGCCUGUUUAAAGGCAGGCCCCACGUGUCUGUAAGCGCAUAGACACUCCCAUUUCCCUCCACAAGAGCUACCCUUUAUACACGUACACUUUUCAUGUGGAUACUUUAUUAUUUUGCUUAACCUAACAUCUAGUGUUCGGAUUCUUAUGGUACUUACCUGAAAUGUUGGCAUUUGUUUUCUUUUUUUAUGUUAAAUAUAUAUUCUAGAUGAGCCAAUAAUGUGUAUUCCUAGGAAAUGGGGCACAAAUAGGCUAGAUCAUGUUAUAUUGGCAUUUGAAGAAAUAUCAUUUUAUUUUGUUGUUCUGUGUAAACCAUAUUCAUUGUACACUGUGUGUAUAUUUUUUUAAAUAAAUGUGAUUUUUAUUUUUUA